AAAGACCUAAUAAAACCGAAAGCUGCAAUUUUUAACGCCAAAAGCCGAAGAAGAACAGAGCAUAACAAGUGAAACGAAGAGGGACAAAGACGAAUUUACCAGUUCUUCGAUUCGAGCUUCAUAAAAAAUCUCUUAGAUCCGAUUAUUUGGAAAAAGAAAGAAAAGGAAAGGUUUUUCACAUCCAUUCCAUUCCAUUCAAUUCAAUUCGAUUCGAUCUUCUGAAAGGGUCAUCUAUCGGCGGCUUACGAAAGGGUUUGGCCAGAAAUGGAUCCAGGUCGCUAUGGUCUUCAGCAAGGAUGGGAUAAUAACAGCGCUCUGGAGGGGUAUGGGGGAGUUCAUGAGCCGAACUUUGGGAUUGGUGGUUCGUAUGAUGAGAGGAGGUUUUUAGAUGAAAGGUAUUCACGGGGUGACAUCUAUCCAAGAAAUGCCUUCCGCCGUGACAUUCCAGACAGGGAUAACUACCCACCUCCUCCUUCUGUUGGUGUUUGGCCGCAGUCUAGAAGGCGAACUUAUGAAGAAGAAUUUCCGAUUGAUAGGGAAUCAAGGCGACAUGAGAAACAAUAUAUUGACCAUCCCUAUCAUGAGAUGGAUACUUUCCGUGAUCCUGAGAUCGAUGCAGUUCGUGAAUUUGACAAGUUUCAAGAUGGUUAUCGAAACCUUGACAAUUAUCGUGAUCAUGGAUUUGACAAGUCUUUGAGGUAUGGCGGGCGUGAUCGAGAUGAUUAUGCACAUGAUGACUAUGACUAUAGGUCUCGUGUUUCCCAUCAAAACAGGGAGGAUAGUCGUGAAAGGGGUUACGAGUACGGUCGACAUAGUUAUGAUUCUGAUUAUGAUAGAGGUAGUAGAAGAGAUGGUAACUGGAGGAGGCGUGGAUCGCGUGAUCGGGAAAGAGAUCAAAGUCCGUAUAGAAGGCAUGACCGGGAAAGAGAUGAAAGCCCAUAUAGAAAGCGUGAAUGCUCACGGUCCGACAGUUACUCUAGAUCAAGGUCCCCUCGAGGUCGAAGCCAUGGCCGAAGCCAUCGAGAGGACAGCUAUGACGAUGCUCGAAGUGAAAGGACUGAGAGGAGACGUGACCGUGAAGAGAAGCGUCAGCGCGAGCCUUAUUCUGUCGCACCAUCAGCCACUGUUGUUGUGAAGGGUCUGUCACAGAAAACAACGGAAGAAGAUCUAUACCAGAUCCUUGCUGAAUGGGGUCCUCUUCGUCAUGUUCGUGUGAUAAAAGAGCGAAAUUCAGGCAUCUCGAGAGGAUUUGCUUUUAUUGAUUUCCUUUCUGUGGGAGCAGCAUGUGCUAUGAUGGACAAGCUGGGGGAGGAUGGUCUUGUUGUUGAUGGCAGGAAGCUUUUCUUUGAGUAUAGUAGUAAGCCAACCGGGGGAGCGGGUGGAUUGUUUGGUCAAGAGGGUUCUGCAAAAUCAGGCCAUCUUAGCCAUAAAAGCAUCACAGUGCCAUCUGAUUGGAUGUGCACUAGUUGUGGCUAUAUAAAUUUUGCACGGCGGACAUCCUGCUUCCAGUGCAAUGAAGCACGAUCUGAAGAUGCUCCUCCAGCAGAUAUUUCUCACUCAAACCCUUCAAGUUUGGGGAGAAAAGGACUAGAGUCAGGUCCUACUCAUGUAUUGGUUGUCCGUGGACUGGACGAAAAUGCUGAUGAGGAAAUGCUUCGUUAUGAGUUUUCCAAGCAUGCUCCAAUUAAGGACCUUCGUCUUGUUAGAGACAAAUUUACCCAUGUUUCAAGGGGGUUUGCAUUUGUUCAUUUUCAUUCGGUGGAAGAUGCUACAAAAGCUCUAGAAGCAACAAAUGGGACGACGCUCGAGAGGAAUGGCCAGAUUUUGAGAGUAGCAUAUGCAAAGAGCAUUCUUGGUCCAGGAUCAGGGACACCGGGGCAUUCGCAGUCAAGCAGCCUUGCUGCCGCAGCAAUUGAGGCAGCAACAUUUGCUCAGCAGUAUGAUGCUGUUGGAUGGACACCAAAAGAAUACAAUCCUGAUGACAAACAAUCUGUUGGAGGACAAGGGCAAAGUGGUGGGGAGAUUGAAGUCCAGAAAGAGGGUUUGGCUCCGCGGUCUGGUUUUGUCUGGGACGAAGCAUCUGGGUAUUAUUAUGAUGCUGCUUCUGGGUUCUACUAUGAUGGAAAUACAGGUCUUUAUUAUGAUAGCAAUAAUGGACUUUGGUAUUCUUAUGAUCACCAAACGCAACAGUACAUCCCUUGCACAGAUCAGAAUAACAACAAAGCGUCUACUGGCCACUCUGAAUUUUCCAAGGCAGCAGAUGGUUCUAAUGACAGAAAGGUAGUGAUUUCCGCACCAGCUACCACCUCAACAUCAUUGGAGAAGGGAUCAUCGUUACCGGAUGCUGUCCAGGCUGCUGCAACAGCAGCGAUAGCAGCAGAGAAGAAAGAGAAAGAAAAGUCUAAAGAGAUUAAGUUGGCCUCAAAGAACAGUAUUCUUGCUAAUAAGAAGAAAAUGAACAAUGUAUUGACAAUGUGGAAGCAGAGGAGUCAUGAAGGGCAAGCAACCCGUGUCGCUUUGGAUGAAAAUCAGUCAACUGUGUCAGCUGAUGAUAGACCUCUGUAUGGUGGACAAUCCACAAAGAGCAAGCCCAAGACUGAAUUAUUGAGUACAAAAGAGAAUAAUACAUCAGGUUCAGGACUUCCUGCUGCUGUUUCUGUGGCCCAUAAUGUUGGUAUAGAGACUCCAGUUAAGCCGAGGCCCAUGAGUGACAGUUUGGGUCGGAGUUUGAUGGGGGUCAUAAGGGGCUCUGGGAGAGGAGUCGUUAAAUCAAAUACUUCAUUUUCUGGAUCAUCAACUGGAGUCUCUACUUCUUCUGCUUCUUCUGCAAGUAUGGCUGUGUUAGCUCCAACGGCUAAUGCAGAGACUCCUCAUGUCGUGACAUCGUUCAAAACAGAUUCAUCCGCAUUGGGGUCCUACACUAACUCACCACCUGUUUCUGCUGGGAGUGGCAAGAGGAGGUUCUCCGAAGUGCCUCUCAGCUCAGCUCCUAGUCACAAGGAACAACCUCAGAGCACGUAUAGAGAUCGUGCAGCUGAGAGGAGGAGCCUCUAUGGCUCAUCUUCUUCUGUAGGAGAUGAUUUGUCUGAUGUUGGUCUUGGAGAUUCAAAUCGAGAUUUUGCUUUGAGAAAGGGUUUGUUGGAUCCAAUGCCUUUCCCCCCCGGUGUUGGUGGAGGACGUCCUGCUGCAGAGGCAAUCGACAGCUAUGAGGUGAUUACGACAGACAGAGCAAUUGAUGAGAACAAUGUAGGCAACCGAAUGCUCCGCAGCAUGGGAUGGCAUGAAGGCCUGGGAUUAGGGAAAGAUGGAAGCGGGAUGAUAGAGCCAGUGCAGGCACAAGCCUCCGAUAGUAGAGCGGGACUUGGGAGUAGUAGGCAAAAGAAAUUGGAUCCAAGCCUUGAGGUGCAGGCUGGGGACAGUUACAAGACUCUCAUUCACAAGAAGGCUCUUGCUCGGUUUCGGGAGAUGUCUUAGGUACACAAAGAAUAUGGCGAUUGUUUCAGUAUGUCAAUAGAUCUGAUUAUAAUUCACUUAGGAAAGAAAAUGGGGCCAAAGCUUGAGUUUUGAUGUAGAAAAGGAUCAAUAAUAUAUAGAUUUUUCAGGUCAUGCUUCAUUUAAUUUUUUCUUUUUUCAUUAAUUUUCUUUUGAAGAUUGCUUCACUCAUGUUUAUUUGUGACAUAGGGAACUUUUCUAUGACUCAUAAAGUUCUACUUUGAACGCUUUGUUUGGUAUCAAUAUCAUCAAUCAUGA